CAAAUAAACGAGGAAUGUGGGAUUUACAGAAUGCCCAACAGCGUUGGAAAAAGAUUUAAACCCACCAAAUACAUCCCGGUGUCCACUGCCGCCACUCUUCUGGUGGGAUCCACUACUUUAUUCUUCGUUUUCACGUGUCCGUGGUUAACCAAGGCCAUCUCCCCUGUUGUGCCUCUAUACAAUGGCAUCGUCUUCCUCUUUGUGUUGGCCAACUUCAGCAUGGCCACCUUCAUGGAUCCUGGAGUCUUUCCCAGAGCGGAUGAGGACGAAGAUAAAGACGAUGACUUCCGAGCUCCGCUUUAUAAAAACGUGGAGAUAAAGGGAAUUCAGGUGCGGAUGAAGUGGUGUGCCACGUGCCACUUCUACAGACCUCCGCGCUGCUCACACUGCAGUGUGUGUGACAACUGUGUGGAGGAGUUUGACCACCACUGCCCAUGGGUGAACAACUGCAUCGGCCGGAGGAAUUACCGAUAUUUCUUCUUGUUCCUGCUGUCUCUAAGUGUUCACAUGGUGGGAGUGUUUUCCUUCGGCCUGCUGUUCGUCUUACACCACCUUGAGAGGCUGAGUGCGCUUCACACAACUGUGACUCUGGUGGUUAUGUGUGUGACUGGCCUGUUUUUCAUCCCUGUUAUGGGCCUCACUGGGUUCCACAUGGUUCUCGUAGCCAGAGGACGAACCACAAACGAACAGGUGACAGGAAAGUUCAGAGGAGGAGUGAAUCCAUUCACUCGGGGUUGCUGUGGUAAUGUGAAACACGUCUUAUGCAGUCCACUUGCUCCUAGGUACAUCGCUGAUCCCAGGAAGAAAAUUCCCGUCACUCUGAAACCACCGUUCCUCCGCCCUGACCUCUCUAACCGACACAUCAGUGUAAAAGUCAGUGAUAAUGGUAUCCAUAGUAGCAUCCUACGAAGCAAAUCUAAGACCAGUCUGGAUGGUGUGGAUGAUAAAAGUAUAGAUACACAACCACCUCUGCCGCCCAAAGCAGAUCGCUACAACCAGCUAAAGAGUCAGCUCACCUCCAGCGAAGAGAGUUCCCUGUCCAGCAAACCCACCAAUCCAUCCACCCCAGCCAUGUACAAAUAUCGACCUUCCUUCGGCACCAUGCCUAAAGUGCACUAUCACGCAACCGGAGAGAAGAUUGUAAUGUCCGAGAACGGUAAGCCCUCUGCCGUUUUGGAGGAGAGAGGUCACGAUUACCGCUCCGAGCCGAAUCUGGAUAUGCCAGACUACCGCAGCACUCCUCUUCACCGAACAUACCAGUCCUCCCCUUUCCAGCUGGACUCCUUCAGCACGACGUCUCGUUCAUUCAGUCUAAAGCAGGGAGUGAACAGGGCCGACCAGAUGCCACCGGGUGGCAGCAAACCAGAAACGGUCACUUCCACCCCUCACAAAGGAGUCUUCUCCCCUGGGACGUUAUCGGGCCGCAAUGGCAGCCUAUCCUACGACAGCUUGCUAACCCCCAGCGUAACGCCGUCUGUGGGCGAGUGCGCCGCUCACCCGGGAGUGCCCUCUAUGGGUUUUCAUUCGCCCUACCUGCCCACUAAGAUGUGCCACGUACGUGGGCCCGAGCUUCAGCGGCACAUCGGCCCGCCAUCAUAUAGUCCUGUGCACGUCGGAGCGAUGUACGGGCGGCAGUCGCCGCUCUUAAGAGACCGAGAUCCCUCGCCCGUCCGCUACGACAACCUCUCCAAAACCAUCAUGGCUUCCAUCCAGGAGAGGAAGGAGCUGGAGGAGAGGGAGAAACUCAUGCAUCGGCACGCUCAAGCCUACGCCAACGAUUCGGGGGUAUUUGACACCUGCAGUGGAGCCUACGGACUCCCACCUGGCACGUGCUACCCCGACGGCCCCAGAGGCCCCGGAUCCCGAGAGCCCACCCCUCCUGUGUGCGGCUCUCGGGAUAACUUGAUGGGAGUCGGGGUGGUGGGAUACGCUCCCCGUACACCCGUUCUGCGUUCCUCCGCAUCCUCGCUCUCCAGAGCGCCGAGGACUUCCACGACGUCCCUCCACACUGAUGCAGGCGGUGUGAGCCGGACAGCCGAGCACCAGUAUCGCUCUCCGGUGCACCAAACACACCACUCCCCAACAGCUGUGCCCCGUUCCCCGACAUACGCGCAUCAGAAGGUCGCUUUCAUUAGCGCCCUGGAGAGGGCAGACUCGCCGCAUCUUGGUACAAGAGAGGACCUCUGUCAAGGUAAAGUCAACGGGCAACUAAAGGGCCAAGCGCGUGACUGCCAUCUAGGGACUCCUUCUGGAACUCCCAGCAGACACACCAAUGUCAAAAAGGUCACAGGAGUGGGCGGAACUACAUAUGAGAUUUCCGUUUGACGGACAGCUUGAAGAGCCACUGCCUGUGAGGAAAAGCACUGCCAUGGCAACACCAAGUUUCUCUUUUUUUCACAGUUUUUUUUUAAAUAAUAUUCAAAUGACCGAUCAGGGGAGACACAGUUCUGAUGGGAAAAGUUUUUGCAUUGGUCAUUUCUUUGCUAAAGAGAUGGCAAGCAACUUUCCACGUGACUCAGUGUAUAAUAUAACAGGAGUGCUUCGUCAAAGAAGCGUUGGAUGUUUUUAAAGUGUCAGCCAUCAGGAUAUAAAUCGCACACAACAGAAAAUAAUGGUUUAAUUGCUUAAAAUGGAAAUUUAGAAAUUAUAUAUAUACACACCAUUAAGGGCUGAAUAUGUACAGUAUGUGUCAAUUCAGUUGUUUGUAUAUAAAAUAUCAAAGUUUGCAUAUUGAAUGCAAAUGUGCUCAGUAUGCAGGUCUUUCACACACUUGAAUGUGAGUGUAUAUGUACUUGCCAGUAACUCCUUUAUGUUUUUGUCAUCAUGCCGAUCUAAUAAUCAGGGUUUCAUCUCAAAUGCAUUUCUCUGUUAAGCUAUCAGGUUCCAAACAAACCAUAACAGCACUUGUGUACUUUAAAAAAAGAAAGAAAAAAAAAACCAAGCAGAAGUUUUAUUUUUCAAAUAUGGUGGUCAUUUACACUUUUUCUAAUGUAAAACUAUAAGCUGCCAUGGAAAUAAAUAUAAAUGUGUAUAUGUAAAAUUAAAAAAAAAAAAAAAAAGAAAAGAAAAUGGGGGAAAAAAUACGGAUACUGGUUGUUAUCACCAGUUUGUUAAAACUUUCUUUCAAACUUUGUUUUUCUUUAUUAAAAAAAAAAAAGUAUUUUAUAGUGGGAAAAAAAUAUGAAUAUGUAAACAGAAACACACCACUGUGUAUUAGCAGUACUGGCUACAUGUUAAAGCCAUAUUUUUUCUUAGCCAUGAUCUUCGCAAACUACAAGUUGCUUUAUUGCUUUAGCAUUUCAGUUUAUUUGUAAUAGAUUAGAAAACAUAACAAUGGUAAUUCACGGCUGCAUCCCAAAUAUUUUCAUUUCUUUUAUUUUUAUAACAUCAUUUUUUUUUUUUUUUAACCCAACUUUCAAAAGAUUGGUAUAUUUAACUUUUUCUACAAAUGGGUGGGUUUUGGACUUUUUUGAGUGGUUUUUUUUUUUUUCAUUUUCCAUUUCUUUUUUUGCAUAUUUUAUAAUUUAUUUGUACAAAUUAAUUAGUAUGCAUUGCCAUUUGAAAGUAGUACUUUCUGUCAAGAUUUUUUUCUCAGUGAAUGAAUGUUGAAAGAUUAAGAUGUUAUUAUAGAACGUUUUAGGAAACUGCAAGAAAGUUGAAGCGAAGAUGCUUGUUUUUUGAAUGCUGGAUCCAUUUGAGAGACAUAAUGACACAUGUUUUUGGUUUUUUUAACUGCUGUUAAAGUUUGGGGACAGUAAGUUUUUUAUAUAAGAAAUUAUCAAAAGUGACAGUAAAGACAUUAACAUUGUUACAAAAAAUACUAUUUAUCAUUUCUAUCAUUUCUUUUAAACUUUUUUUGUUCAAAGUUUCUUUAAACUGUAAUACAAUAUUACUGCAUUACUGUAGUUUUGAUCAAAUACAAACAAAGCCUUGGUGAGCAUAAGAUACUUCUUUGAAAAACAUGUGAAAAUCUUACAAGCCACAAACUUUGGAAUAGUAGUGUCCAUCAAAGUCAGUUUCUUCUUAUGUCCCUUUCAUUCAAUUUGAUUGAGGAAGUUUAAAGUCUCACCUUCCCCUCUCACUUUCAAAAGUAGUUGCAAAUAGUCCUUUUUGAUAAUACAGCCAGGGCAAAUAAAUAUUGCUUGGUAACCAUUACUUUUUUUUUUUUUUUUUUCAAGAGAGAGAGAGACAGAGUGUGAAAUUUUCACUGCUAGUGCAAGACAUGCUAAUAAAAAAAUAAAGUGACAGGCGUUUAUGUCGUUAACAGCUGAAAAGAAAUCUGUAAUUAUUCUUUUCUCAAGAAAUUAAAUGGACAGCACAGGUGAAAGUGUCAAAUACCUACCUGUUAACAGAACAACUUCACACUGUGGCCUGUUUCUUAAUUCAAGACCUAACAAUUUUAUAAGGAUCAUUUUGUAGUGAAGUGUUGAUUUAUGCUAUCGGCAUCUUUGACAGGGUGAUCUUCCAGAUGUCUUGCUGACUGAAAAUGCACCGCAUGUGGAGUUCUCUGCUGCUCAUCAGAUGACUUUCCAAGAAAUUAAUUUUGAUUUCCUCACAGAUCUGCCUUAGGGGUCUAACGGACUACAGACACUCAAGCGCUGACAGAGUACAAACGUUAUCUUGGUGCAUGUAUAAAGGGUCAUUAUAAUACUUUUUCAAGUCAAACAGCUCCUUGAAAUUGUAAAUAAUUCAUGUGGUCACGGAAAGGCCUUUACAGUUUGCUAGGCUCCAUGUCUGUGAAUGUUUCACGGUGUUUGGUCACAUGUCACCAUCUCUGUCCUUCUCUGCCGCUGUCUGGCACAGCGUCGCCUUCUGUUCAAAUGAAACCAGUGUACAGUUCAAACAAAAAAUGAAGAAAAAAGAACAACUGUGGGACUCUUUUCUGUGAUGAAGUAUUUCGUUCAGAUGAAGUGAAGACAUUAUAGUUUCAUAUCAAGGUACAUCUAUUAUUUUUGUUCAUCAAGUGGAAAACUGAAUAAAUAUAACUUGAACAUUCA